GUGAAACCUUUAUUCAAAACAGUCAUUUGCGCCCGCAAGUGAAACAGAUCGAGCACAUUGAGCUUACUAAAUGAUGUUUAUGUUAAAGCGAUACCUAUUUUAUUGCUUUUUACUGUAUUUAUGUAUUAUGACAGUUAAACAGUUUGACAUUGCAGUUUAAAAUGUACAACAUAGAACAGUGAACAUAAGCAUGGAUUAAAAGAGUUACGGGAAGAUUAACAACGAAAAGCAAACAAGCAAAAAUUUUACAAGAAAUUAAUAAAAUGGCAAGUGGUGGGCCAUUUCAGUCGCCAGACAAUCGGGUCCAUAUGUUUAGGUUGCAAAUGCUUAUCAUGGACGGAGGGCUUCUUGUGUUCAGGAAUAUAGUAGACAAGACACUGGCCGAUAAAGGCAUGACUCUAAGUGAAUGUUUGGAUAAUGAAAAGUCAACAAUUGAAACAUUGAAAAGACAGCGCAUUAUUAAUCAGUUUCAGUAUAAAAUAUUGUUUCCUCAUGGUAAAAACCCAGCUACGACAGAUAUGGACAUCACGCUCCUCAUGUGUCUUCUCAGAAACCUAGAUUUGUUUUCAUCAAUAGAUGAGGCAGACUUAAAUCUGUUACGGAAUUCCCGAAACAAGCUCAGUCAUAUGGCAUCAACCACUGAAAUACAGGAAAAAGAAUUUAAAGAUAUGUGGACUGAUAUCGAAGAGAUACUAGUGCGACAUAGUACUCCAGACCUAAAUAUUCAAGAAACAAUUGUCGGUUACAUGACAUGCCCUCUUGACAACGAGAGAGAGAAAAUGCUUCAGAAAGAAAUAGAAAAGUGGGGAGAAUAUGAAGCUGAAAUUAUUGGAGUUAAAGAAGAUGUUACUGAGGUGAAGAAAAAAAUGACAGAAGUUGAAGGAAAUGUAAUUAAAGUAGAGAAAGAAAUGACUGGACUAAAGCAAGAUUUUACGCAAGUCAAGGAAGGCUUAGAUAAUUUGAAAGCAGGAGACUAUCAUAAACAGACAAAGGAGGAAAUAUAUCAAAGUCGCAAGGCGGAUCUAAGAGAUAGUUUGAUUACAUUCUACAGAAAGAGACACAGCCACAUUUUCCUGUCACCUCUUUUUGAAGAGAAGGACACUCCGUUGGCUUCUUUCUGUAUCAGACCAGAAUUGAGCUCAAUUGACUCAAAUGAUGUAAAACGACCAGUUAAAUCCUUAUCGGAGAUGUUUAAAACUAAAAAAAGAGAAAUUUAUGUACUUGCUGAUGCUGGACUUGGAAAAACUGUUUUUUCAAAGUAUCUGGCAAACGUGUGGUAUCAAGCUCAUUGUCCAGACAAAAACUUUAGGUUAUUUUUAAAGGAUGAUAUAGACUGUAUGCAAGAAUUUGAUUUCAUAUUCCUGGUGUUUUUGCGAGAUGCGGGCAAUGUAUGCUCUAUAGAUGAGCUCAUUUUUGAAAAGAUUGUUCCAGAGUUGGGCGUGGAAGAACCGCUUUCCAAAGAUGACCUGCUUAAAAUUUUGAAACAUGAGAAAUGCCUCGUUAUUCUUGAUGGACUAGACGAAUGGACACAUCCCGAUAAUGAAUGUAAAAGAUCGGCGAAACCAUCAAUCCCCCAUAGGAAUGACCGAGAAAAGUGUACAGUACUGACAACCACACGACAAUGGAAGUUAGGAGUUUUGGAACUAGAUUCAUGUCAGUUAGGAAAAAAGGUAGAACUUACAGGACUUAGUAGCAAAUCGGCGGAUAAACUUAUACAAAGGAUGAUACAAGAAUGGAAGUCUCCUCCGAAUAAGAAUGCAUUAGACAGUGACGUCAGAGAGUUCAAAGAAACAAUCAAGAAGAGACAAAACGUCGAGCUUGUUGUUGUACCUCUACUUUUAAUAUAUACAAUUUGUUUAUGGUGUAAAGGUUUUGAUAUAGGAAAUUCAAAAUGUGAUCUCUAUAUAAAAAUAGUCGAAUUUCUUCUAUCUAGAACGAUUAAGAUCCACGGGAAGCUUAAACAAUCAAAAAAAAUUCCGUCCAGUGGCAUCCUAUCACAAUGCUUAGACAGCUUUGCUGAAUACGAGAAGUGUAAGCAAAACAUCCCACUCCUGAUGCAUAUAGGGAAAUUAGCUUAUUAUACAUUAUUCAAUGAAACAAAAGAAAACACGCUCGUAUUUGAUGGAUCAAUUGCUAGGGAAUAUCUUUCAACAGACGAGAUGAAUUUCACUCUUGCCACAGGAAUGUUGUCAGAAAGUACAUCCAAUGCACCAUAUAAAAAGUUAAGUAAAGUUUGGUUUUCUCACAAGACAAUUCAGGAAUUCUUUGCAGCUAUAUUUUUAAGUUUUCAAGAAAACGAUCCGAAACUUAAACGUAAAAGUAAUCAAGACAUUCUGGACAUGUCAAACAUUUGUGAAUUUAUAAGUGGGCUAAAUGCUGACCGGAUGUUUAAAUUAUCAAAUUAUUUCAUGUCUGUGAUAAAUGAAGACGAGGAAACACGCCGCUAUAGAACUUUGACAGGUUUCACGUUUGUUUACUAUACUCCAUUGUAUAACAUACAGACAAUGUUCAUGUCGUGUUUACAAGAAAUGCCUGAAAGUGAAAAUAUUCAAUUAUGUUUACAAGAUUUCUUCAUUAACGACAGCACCGUGCACAGUGAGCAGUUACAACGUUUGUUAAAACAAAAUAAAGCCAACGUAAAAUCACUUAGUAUACGCACAUUCAAUAAUUCCAGAAGUGAAAUUAUAGAUUCAUUCUCUCUCACAGAUCUCAGUGAUAUACAGCAACUUUGGUAUUGUGGUGACGAGGAGGAGGCUGAGAUAAAUCGGAUAUUGUUUCCCAGUUUGCAGGCCGUAUCUUUGUUCUAUUGUACAUGGACAAAUGAUGAAGAAAAUGUGAGUGCAAUUUUGGCGCGACUACAAAACUUACAAUUUUUACAUAUUGAAAGUUUAACGUUAUCUCACAAAAUACUGGAAACAAUUUUCAAUUUUAUCUCCGGUCAAAAAUCAUUGAAAGAGUUAACAUUGGAGCAGUUACACUGUAAAGAACAUGGCUGCCGUGAUUGCAAGGGAUUGAACUUGGACUUGGACUUGUCUCAACAUUCUACGCUAUCAAAGUUACACUUGCAGUGGUUACCUGGGAGGCUACAAUUAAAUAUAACAACACCGUCAUUAGUUAAUGUUACGUUGAAGAACAUCAAUGUAAAUGAAAGAUCAUUGUUACUGUCACGUGACAUGUUGAAAAUCAAACAUGCGGAGUUGGAAGGGAUAGAAAUGCCUGCAGGAAGUUUACAGAAUUUUAUUACCGUGCUUGAAAAUCUGCCGCAGUCAGUUAAAGUAAAUAUGUUCACAAAAUUUUCAUGUAAACUAGACAUUGGCGGGUUGAGGUUUGUGUUCAAAACAAUAAAACCAAGCACAGAAUAGACAAAUAAAAAAAUUGUAAAAUAAGUUGAAGAAAGGACUUCAUAAUUUCUAUAGGAAAAACAGUUUAAAAUGGAAACUUUGAAAAACAAAAUGGCGUCUUUUAAAACUUACCGUUAUAGUUUGUGGACAUUUAUAGUAUAGUUAAUAAGUCAUUUACGUUACAAUCAAUUACAUUUCAUGUAAAUUAAAAUAAAAUUGUUAACAUUAAUAGCAACAUUUAUCAAGUUUUUAAUGGCGGAGAUAUUUACAUGUGUUUUGUUUAAAGGAUAAUGGAUUGAAUCUUCAUAAUAACGUUAGGAUAUGGAAAAUUGGAAAUGUUUCACAGCGGCCUUGAAUCAAUCCGUUGGAUUUUUAUUUGGACCUUUCACACGAAAUAUUGCUGUCAACUAAACUCAAAGAACCGUAUCGUCAUCUUUCAUGUUAUG